GCUGUGGGUUCGCAUUCCCGUCCGGUUCUCCAAACAUUUUUUGAAACCCUAAGCCCUUCCCUCCUCCUCGCUUCUUCUUCUCCGCUCAGCCAAGUAGCCGUAGGCGCCAAAUUCACCAUUGCAGCCGCUCCCGCUGCCUGGGCCUCCGACUAGCAGCCACCACGGCAGCGCCGGUGCUGCAGCUGCUGCUGCUGCUCUCUCUCUCUGAUCUCCUGGUUAGUUCGCAGCCGUACUUCCAACAUCGAAUUCUCAUCAAUCAAAACAGGGCUGAAUACUCUUAAGCGUUGCAUUGUAGUCGAAGUACUUCUUGUGCUGCAUUGUUGAGUGAAAGGAUGACAUCAAUGGGACAGCCGCCACUAUCUUCUUUGAAGAGACGGGAUUCAUCUGCAAUAAGGGAAGGUGAUCAGCUAAUUAUUACUCCUUUAGGGGCUGGCAAUGAAGUUGGUCGUUCCUGUGUUUAUAUGUCUUACAAAGGGAAAACUGUAUUGUUUGAUUGUGGAAUUCAUCCCGCUUACUCUGGCAUGGCUGCUUUACCAUACUUUGAUGAGAUUGAUCCUUCAACCAUUGACGUGCUUCUAGUUACGCACUUUCACUUGGAUCAUGCAGCAUCCCUUCCAUAUUUCUUGGAGAAGACCACAUUUAGAGGCCGAGUUUUUAUGACUCAUGCAACGAAGGCAAUCUACAAGUUGCUUUUGUCUGAUUAUAUAAAAGUAAGCAAGGUUUCAGUUGAAGACAUGUUGUACGACGAGCAAGACAUUCUUCGGUCCAUGGACAAAAUUGAGGUUAUUGACUUCCAUCAGACUGUAGAGGUAAGUGGUAUACGCUUUUGGUGCUACACUGCUGGUCAUGUCCUUGGUGCUGCAAUGUUCAUGGUUGACAUUGCUGGUGUGCGAGUUCUCUAUACAGGAGACUAUUCACGGGAAGAAGACCGUCAUCUCCGUGCUGCUGAGAUCCCUCAGUUUUCUCCUGACAUUUGUAUAAUUGAAUCCACUUAUGGUGUGCAACUCCAUCAGCCUCGGCAUGUGCGAGAGAAGCGCUUCACAGAUGUCAUCCACUCUACCAUUUCCCAAGGAGGUCGUGUCCUGAUUCCAGCAUUUGCCCUUGGCCGUGCCCAAGAACUACUACUUAUCCUUGAUGAGUACUGGUCAAACCAUCCUGAGCUCCAUAACAUCCCUAUAUAUUAUGCUUCCCCACUUGCAAAAAGGUGCAUGGCUGUUUACCAAACCUACAUCAAUUCCAUGAAUGACCGGAUCCGCAGCCAGUUUGUGAACUCAAACCCAUUUGACUUCAAGCACAUAUCGCCAUUAAAGAGCAUUGAAAAUUUUGUUGAUGUAGGUCCCUCUGUGGUAAUGGCUAGCCCGAGUGGGCUUCAGAGCGGGCUUUCACGACAGCUCUUUGAUAUGUGGUGCUCUGAAAGGAAAAAUGCUUGUGUUAUACCUGGGUAUGUUGUGGAAGGGACAUUGGCAAAAACCAUUAUUAAUGAACCCAAAGAAGUCACUCUCAUGAACGGUCUCACUGCUCCUCUCAACAUGCAGGUCCAUUACAUUUCCUUCUCGGCUCAUGCAGAUUUUGCGCAGACAAGUACUUUCUUGAAAGACUUAAUGCCUCCCAACAUAAUUCUUGUUCAUGGAGAAGCUAAUGAGAUGGGGAGGCUCAAGCAGAAGCUUAUAUCCCAGUUUGCAGACAGCAAUACGAAAAUUAUUUCUCCAAAGAACUGUCAGUCUGUUGAAAUGUAUUUCAACUCUGAGAAAAUGGCAAAAACUAUUGGAAAGCUGGCUGAAAAGACCCCAGAAGUUGGUGAAACUGUUAACGGUUUACUUGUAAAGAAAGGGUUCACUUAUCAGAUAAUGGCACCUGAUGAUCUCCAUGUCUUCUCACAGCUGUCCACAGCAAAUGUGACUCAGAGGAUUACGAUUCCUUACUCUGGUGCCUUUGGGGUGAUAAAAUACAGGCUCAAGCAAAUAUAUGAAAGUGUCGAAUCUGCUGUGGAUGAAGAGUCUGGUGUCCCAACUUUGCGAGUGCAUGACCGUUUAACUGUGAAGCAGGAGUCAGAGAAGCAUAUUUCUCUGCAUUGGGUGUCGGAUCCUGUUAGUGACAUGGUUUCGGACUCCAUUGUGGCUCUGGUUUUAAAUAUCAGCAGGGAGAUGCCCAAGAUUGUAGUUGAGUCGGAGGCCAUUAAAACUGAAGAAGAAAAUGAGAAAAAAACAGAGAAGGUUAUUCAUGCUCUUCUUGUCUCUUUAUUUGGAGAUGUGAAGUUUGGAGAGAAUGGGAAACUGGUUAUAAGUGUCGAUGGGAAUGUGGCCCAUCUUGAUAAACAGAGCGGAGAUGUUGAGAGCGAAAAUGAUGGUCUUAAGGAGAGGGUGAAGAUGGCAUUCCGACGAAUCCAAAGUGCUGUGAGGCCAAUCCCACUCUCUGCAUCUUAGCCCCUUCCAUUAGCUUGUAUGGAAAAAAAUGGCUCAAUUAUAAGAGCUCGAAGGCCAAGGGAUUCAUCAAGGAUGCUGCUGGUCAUGGACCUAUAUAGAUGGAGCUUUCAUUUGCGUUAAGUCGCAGGCCUAUUCUCAAUUUAAAUGCAACCAAGGAGUAAUCUAUGAGGGGAACAUGCCACACAUCACCUGCUCAAUAUAACCACAAGAUUGACAAACCAGAGUAAUGUGAAUAAUGAUCACAAGACUCAAAUAUUAACUGGGCGAGUUCUAACUUGCGGCCACAUUUCUUCGGAUCAUUUCUAAAUCUUGUGCAACAGUAUUGCAGAUUUAUUUUGCACACCAUUGCAUUUGGUGCCAAAUGAAGUUUUAGAUUUAUACUUUGUUGCAUUCUUUGCCACUUAAUGAUCUUUGUGGUACAGAUAGCACAUCAUUUGCUCAGUGUUACUGAUUAUUAACUCCCCUCUUGUUGAUUUGUAUUGUACAAUUCAUCGAAGAUGAUUAUUUUAUACAUAUAGAAAAAAAAUUAAAUC